AUGUCUGGAAACAGCAAGCACCACAAGCCCUUAAAGGGCUUUUUUGGCAGCAUCCCCAAGCCGUCCGUCAAGGAUUCCAACUCAAACCCCGGGGCGUACUACAAGCAAAACCAGAAGCAGUGCAUGAAGCACAUCGUCGCCCGGCUGAACGCACGCCUCUCCCACUGGGACACAGGCGCCCUAGAGCAGAUGGUUAUAUUUGACAUGUCGCUGGAAAGACUAGCACAAAGGGAAUACCGAUUCUUCUUCAUGCAGGACGCGAGCGCCAGAAAACGCAAAUACGCACCGUUUGCCCCGCCCACUGAAGACGACAUCCAAGUCUGGAAACGGGAAUUCCAGAAGGCUGGAAAUGAAUGUCAACGGAUUGUCAGGGCGAGAUUUGGCAUUCUACAGGCAUACAAGAUACCCAUGAUCGAGCUUUGGGAUUACGAGAGUCUGUAUAAACGUCUGUGGUCGUCGAACUAUCUUAGGGUAAAGUGUAUCGAGCGGGCCUCGAGUGCCACUGUUGUCUUUAUCAUCGGCGAGGAGACCUCGGGGCUGUUGAUGUAA